UGUAGCGCCUUGGUUGACAUUGUUGUUGUUGUGGGAGUAAGAAUGUACUUAGUCGUCAAGUCUUUUUAAGACAACAAGCAAGAGGUAUUUUUGACAUUUACACAAAGCUGAACAACACAUUACCUCCUAAGGAACGGAUUUUCUGCGAUCGGAAAGCCCAGAGUGGGAGGAAAUGAGAGAGAAAUUCCGCGAGGCCGCUCACGGUUUUCGUGCACAGCAUCCAUCUCUGACCAUUUUGCUUGCUGGAUGGUUCUCCGAGCUGGGCUGCUGCUGAGAGAUGGGCUGUUGACCUUGUCCUGGGGGCCCAGACCUCUGAAACUGCUGUCCUGUUGUGUUUGUUUGUGUUAGAAGAGGCUGACUCACUCUAACUAAUGUUAUGAAAGAUGUCAGGUGUGGCCGUAAUGGUGCUUUUGCUGUGAGGGAGAAUUGCUCUCAUGUCUUUUCUCUCUCCUGAUGCCCCCUUCUACACUGUAAAUUCAUGAUCACAUGACUUUGGAUAUGGACGCGGUCCUGUCCGACUUUGUCCGUUCUACUGGAGCUGAACCAGGACUGGCCAGAGACCUGCUGGAGGGAAAGAAUUGGGACCUCUCAGCUGCGCUGAGUGACUUUGAGCAGCUGAGACAAGUGCAUGCUGGGAACCUCUCAUGCACCCUUGCUGAGGAGAGAGAGUACCCCUCCAUUGAGAAAGAGAUGGCACGAACAGGGCGGUCCCUUUUGCAUCGCCAAGAUGAGGUUGUGCAAGCAGCCACGGAGAAGCGACUGUCGAGGGGGAUCUCUCACGCCAGCUCCACCAUCGUCUCUCUGGCUCGCUCGCACGUGUCGAGUACGGGCGGCAGCAACGAGCCGCUUCUGGACACUCCGCUUUGCACCUUCCAGUUGCCUGACCUCACCGUCUACAGAGACGACUUCCGUGGCUUCAUCGAAAGAGACCUCAUUGAGCAGUCUAUGAUGGUGGCAUUGGAGCAUGCGGGACGAUUGAACUGGUGGACUCGUUUAGGCACUGGAUGUCAGAGUUUAUUACCUCUGGCUACUAGUGGUGAUGGGAACUGCCUGUUACACGCAGCCUCACUGGGUAUGUGGGGCUUCCAUGAUCGAGACUUGAUGCUGCGGAAGUCUCUCUAUGCACUGAUGGAUCAUGGGCAGGAGAGGGAAGCUUUAAAGCGAAGGUGGAGAUGGCAACAAACCAUGCAGAACAAAGAGUCGGGACUGGUUUACACAGAAGAAGAGUGGCAGAGAGAGUGGAAUGAGUUGUUGAAACUGGCAUCGAGUGAACCCAGGAUACACUACAGCACCAACGGCAGCAACGGUGCCGAGUCACAAGAGGAGCCGGUAUAUGAGAGCCUGGAGGAGUUUCAUGUGUUUGUUCUUGCUCACGUGCUCCGUAGGCCGAUAGUGGUGGUGGCUGACACCAUGCUGCGGGACUCUGGGGGAGAAGCUUUCGCACCAAUCCCAUUUGGAGGGAUUUACCUGCCUCUGGAAGUACCAGCCAACAAGUGUCACCGCUCUCCUCUCGUUUUGGCAUAUGACCAGGCCCAUUUCUCUGCCCUGGUCUCAAUGGAGCAGAAGGACUGUUCCAAAGAGCAAGUGGUGAUCCCUCUGACGGACUCGGAUCAUAAGAUGCUGCCUUUGCACUUUGCUGUGGAUCCUGGGGAAGACUGGGAAUGGGGCAAAGAUGACAAUGACAAUGUGAUGCUAGCAAGUGUAACCUUAUCUCUGGAGGCCAAGCUCCAUCUGCUGCACUGCUACAUGACUGUCACCUGGCUUCCUCUACCCUGUGAGGUACAGCAGGCCCCAUUGGCCCAGCCAGAGUCCCCUACAGCGUCUGCAGGAGAGGAUGCCCGCACCCCGCCAGACUCUGGAGAGUCAGAUAAGGAGUCCGUCAGCAGCAGUUCUAAUGGCAAUGGGGACAGCAGUACUACUGGAACCAGUGGGACAACAGGCAAAACAAGUGGUGGAUCUUCCAGCUCCUCUAGCUCAUCCAGUAACAGUUCAGCAGGGACGACUGGCACAAUUGGAAAGGAGAAGGGGAAGAAAGACAAAGAAAAGGAUAAGGACAAGAAACGUGCUGAUUCCGUUGCCAACAAGCUGGGUAGCUUUGGCAAGAGCCUAGGCAGUAAGCUGAAGAAGAAUGUGGGAGGCCUGAUGACGGGGAAGAACGCGAGUGGAAGUGGAACCAAACAAGAAGGUCUGGAGAAGAAGAAAGGCUCUCUGAGAGGUCGUAAGGGCAGUAAGGACAGCUCUCCUUCCAUUCAAACCGGCUCCGAGGACUCUGGGAAAGGUUCACCCUCCUCGAUAAGUGAACGGCAAAACGGAAGCUACUCUUCAGAAAGUGACCCUUUUAAGUACAGCUCGGAUGUGAAAGUGAGUCUUAGCAUCCUCCGAUCCGCAAUGCAAGGAGAAAGGAAGUACAUCUUCGCUGCCGUACUCACUACUAGCAACCGUCAGCCGUUUCAGGAGGAGAUGAUCCAGCGAUACUUGAUGGAUGCCGAGGAGCGCUUCCGUGCCGAACAGGAACAGCGGAGGGAAGCUGAACGGAAAGCGGCAGGAGGUCUUGCAACAACUAGUGGAUCUCAAGUGAAAAAGGACGGGCCUGAGCUGAGCUACCGAGGUUUUGAAAGCAGAGAGGAAAUUGCUGAUAACUCGCCUCCUACUUUUAACGCGUUGAAGUCGACUUCCUUCAGCCCGAUGAUGUACUCGGGUGUGGUCCCAAUCCCAAGGCCCACCUUCAUUGACCAUUCUCCUACCCCAAUUACACAGCAUCUACAUGUGCACGGUUACAUGGAUACGCGACGGCAGUUGGCAGGAGGUUCGCCGUCUUCUUACCCUGGCCUACCAUCCUAUGCCACCUUGCCCCGACACUGCCCCCUAGCACAGGGCCCUCCCCAUUCCCAGUACCACCCCCCUUCCACCAGCUUGGGUAGCCCAUCCCGUAUCAUCACCCCCUGCCUGGCAUCUUUUUCCCAGGAGCAUGACCCAACUGACUACCCAACCGAACCUACCGGAGGCUAUACAAAUGGCUUGCGGGACUUGCGCACUACUUUGGACGUUCGCAAUGGGCCGAUGCCUGUGAGGCAUUACUCCUUGGGCAGUGCGGGUGGCCUUGCAAACCUGCAGUCCAGCAGAUGCCGAACGCCCACCUGCAAUUACUACGGCCACCCCGAGACGGGCAAUUACUGCUCGUACUGCUACCGAGAGGAGUUGAAGAGACGGGAAACAGAGCCGGCCAUCCACAGGUUUUGAAUGGACAAUCUCUGUCCCGUUUCUCUCAUAUAGGACUCAUUGGAGCCCACCAUGUGAGCCACAUCAUAUCCCGUGGGUGUGGAUCUUGCUUUAAGACAUAAGAUCGGCCUUUCUGAACCAGGUUACUGAGACUCUGUCCACAGUGAAUGGGCAUUGCGGAAAUGGGACUGCUGUUGUGUUACAUUUGCUGUGGCUCAUAGGCAGGAGCUUUAAGCUCCUCACACAUUUGCUUGACGUGGUCAUCCUCUAACCUGUCUCCUUGUCUCCUCCUUGUGGUGAGAAUGUAGAACACGGGACAUUUGAACACAACACAUGAACAUGCUGCGUAGCGUACCCCAAAAUACACGUUAAGCACAACCAGAAAAUGCGUAUUUAUAUUAGCUGCAAUUGAUCCAUUUAUAUCAGCUGCAAUCAAAAUAAGACUUGCCAUAUUGCGAGCGCAAGGCAACAACACUCUGUUAGCUUCGAGUGUUAUCCAUUUUACUGUAACUUGCACCCCUUUUGAAGCCAUACUUAGUUGGCUUAAGUUAGCUACUAUGGUGCUUUCUCGCUUCUAAGAUGCGAACCUUAACAGACAAAGGGUUCGUUUUAGGUCUUUAUAUGCCCCGAUUAAAAAUUGCAGUCAUCUCCGCUCUAUUAAGUGUUUCUAGAACAUUUAAUAGUGCAAAUCCUUUAAAAUUAGCGCAAAGAAAUCCCUUUGGAAAUGGUACAUCGCGUGGUUGUAUUCAAGUAUUAUGUUGGUAACAUUGAUAUAAUAGUUCUAGGUACUUGCUGGUCAAAGGGGGCGGAUGUUGAAAACAAUUUCUGACCUCUUCAAAUGUUACUGCUGCACCAAAUAAAAUGGUGUUCCUUUAUGAUAUUGGGGUUAACGCAUCAGCUUCCAUCAAAUUCACUGGACACAGGAUUAUUGAUAGACGCAGUAUCGCCCCCCCAGAGUAGUUGCUGCACCAAAUCAAGCACUUUUCUCAUGUCCAGAGGUUGUGCAUGUGGGUUUUAGAUGAAUAGACUGUUAUGUCGCUGUGCUUCUAGUCUGGCGGUUUGCUCCAUUCUGGAGGCAGAGCUUGCGGUUCCACUGCGGAGGUCAGGGUUCGGCUGUAGGUGCCACUGUGUCGUGCGCAAACUCACUUGUUUCCUAGUUGCCUUUUCAGUCUUAGUUCAGUCCUCCCAUGAGGACUGUUGAACUGAAUUUCUACUUUUGUUUGGUUUUGGAUUCACAGUGCUGAUUCUAGUGUUUUCAAUGUUUGUGGACGUAGAGGGAUUCUAGCAGAUCUCUCGAAACUAUACGAUGCACCUUGAGUCGAGGUUUUGUGACAAACGCUUUCGAAAUCCUUUUACACUGUUAACAGAAAACACGGCCUCUGAUAAAGCCAGUUGUACGAGUCAGCCAGAAAUGGAAAAUACUGUCAUUUUACUCUCUCUUGCAUGCAGUUCAACUUCAAAACCUGUAUGACUGAGAAAUAGAAAAUUAAAUUGUCCAUUUUCCAUACAACGAAAGUAAACGUGAAGCAUACAACUUGUGCAGUAUAUUAGUAAUAGGCCAUAAGUUAUUAUUAACACAGUGUUGCCCUCCGCUCAUUUUCGGACAUUAGUGAGGAGGACAAAUACUUGUGGACGUGCGAAUGAGAUUUUGAGGGCCACGUUGGACUGCGAACACAUACUCCAUUUUCCUUAAAUCUUAGUGUCGAUUCCCAUAGCCAAACACGUCUGCCCGUCUUGUGUGUUAGAUCACAAUAGGGAAGGUCCGUUUUUGCUCCAUUUGAACUAAAUGUUUAGUUACACCAUUUUGCAGAGCGCCCCAUUCAAUUUCAUUAUGUCUGGACAUUCUGCUAAACAUCUCAUUUUGUGUUUGACGGCAGAAAGAAAGUCAUACAGGUUCAGAACGACAUGAGAGGGAGUAAGUUAAGACAGAUUCUUUAUUUUGGGGUGAGCGAUCCCUUUACCCUCUCAUUGCUCAUGUGAAAUGGGCUCUUUAAUAGCACCACAAGAGGAUGUUGCUGCUGUGAUCAUGUUCAUUUGAUGUGGGUAAGUGUUCGUUGUACUGCAGAUGAAGAGCUGUCGUCGUAGCGAACCGAAGCACUCAAUAAGCGUAAUCAGUCGUGUGCAAAUAUUUGUUUAACUGUGUCAGCUCAAGGCCACAUUUGCAUUACUGAUUUGCACAAUUAAAAAUAUGUCAGGCUAGUAUCUUAACAGUUACAACAUACCUCGUUAUAUGGUAUCUCCCGUGUUUAUCUUAUUCAACAUUUAAUUUUAAAGCACUAAAUUUCCUAUUACCGUCCAGCAAGAUGGAGGGUUAAUGGCUUCAUUUUUUUUUUCUCCCCAAAUGAAAGCGAUAUAUUUUUGACACAUUAUUCACUCGCAUAACCAAUAGAUGGCACACUUGUUUAGGUUUCUUUUUCAUUAUCACCCCUAUUUCUACUAGUGACCUUUUGAGACUGGCUCAGUUUUUCAGUGUAAAUAAGGGACAAAGAGUACACUGCUGCUGCUUUUUAUGUUUGUUUGUUCUUUUGUUGGUUUCGUUUCGUCAGGCGCAUUUGAAUAUAAAAUGCAAGCAAUGAACUUUUUUUUUGUCUUAUGGAAGGCAUUUGCCUAGAUUUCCACUCUUAUAAGUCGCAAAAAGGAAUUCAUUGCGUGUGUGUGUGUGUGUGUGUGUCUGGUAAACUGUGCUUUUGCAAACAUAUUGCAGCUUCAAGGCACAAACCAGAGGAAAUUGUCAGCGAAACGACAGCUAGUCUCCGUUGGAGUUUAUGUUCUCCUUCCGAUGUACUCGUAGUUUGCGUUUAACGGAUCCAUUUAUUUAACAAAUGGAAAGGUCAUUCAGCCACCCCGAGCGUUGGACUUCAAUAAGAGUGCAGACAUUUUUGUAUUAAGAAAUCCAAAAAAAAAAUGUAUAAAUGCGUUCAAGUUAUUUUUGUAAAUCAAAAGCAGUUUUCCAGUGUUUUUUAAAGAUACGAAUGUAUGCUGUAGGACCGUUCCCUGAGUUGACGUCAGCUGAAUCGAUGGUGGAGUCAGUAUUCUGGGGCGCACGGCGCUCGUACGGAAGCCUCUUAAAUCGGAGAGUUUCUUGUGAACAAACUCAUUUCUCCAUCAGUGUGAUCUGACGAGGUAUGAUUUGAAAAUAUAUAUUUGUAGUAAGAUUUUUCAAAAGACUGGGAUGUUUAGUUCUGAAACUAGGAUGUUCUUUCUUACAUGGCUAGUUGUCAAACAGACGGGCCUCCUGACGUUUCCUAAUUUCUAUUUUAAAGCGAAUUAUGCUACUUAAUCACCUUUUGAGUACAUUUUUUUAACGAUGGUGUUGGUGGCGGCCGUCCACCAUCAGUUUUCAAAACACUAAAAUUCUCUUAUUUAAUAUACGGUGGGCUUUGUUUUGUUAUGACGUAGCUUACUUACUAUUUUUAUAUGGUAUGUUUUCAUGGAUGUGACAGAGCUACAGUCGUCAGCAUUCUCGAAUCUGCAUGAGACUGAAACUGUUGCAUGUACAGAACUGGCAGAUGCAAUUUAUCUAAUCAUAUUUGUGCAUUACUUCUGGCUAAUUUGGGCGAUUUGUGUUUGUUUUCAGCCGUUUUACCUUUCUCUGUGUUUGAGAGGUGACCCCAGGCUGUGUGACAGUGCAAUCUAGGUGGAAAGAACAUCUGAUUUUUAUGUUAGUUUUAUUUUAUUUUUAUUUUAUUUUUGCACCGUUUUAAUAAAAUUCUCAUUGUAUUUAAA